UUACGGGAAUAAAGGCAUGGUUUCUCCUUCUGGUCUCUGAAGAAAAGGACUGAUAUAUCCUCGGCCACCCGUUCGCUUUCCUCUUCCGAUUUCGAACACUCUCCUCCUCUCAUUCGGUGAGCCACUCUGCUCUCAGGACAACAUGAAGCCCCAAGGAUUUCUUUACCCCUGCUCCAUCUUCCUUGCCAUCUUAUUCUUCUUCAGCACGAGCCCUGUGGCAUCCCAAGAAGUUGAGGAUGAGAAGGAGUUCAGCUACGAGAUCGGGAGCGAGACAGGGCCCGAGCGCUGGGGUGAGCUCCACGAGGAAUGGUCGGCUUGUGGGAAGGGCAAACUCCAGUCUCCGAUCGACCUGUCUGACGAAAGGGUGCAGGUGCUUCACCAGUCGGGUCCGCUACGCAGUUCCUAUCAUCCUGCCGACGCUGUCAUGAAGAAUCGUGGCCAUGACAUUGAGAUCAAAUGGGAAAAUCAGACAGGGGGGGUAUGGAUAAAUGGAACCAAAUACGUUCUCAAACAAUUGCAUUGGCACUCACCAUCAGAGCAUACCAUCAAUGGGCGCAGAUACUCACUUGAGUUGCACAUGGUUCAUCAAAGCGCCGACGAGAAGAUUGCUGUGGUCGGAAUUCUGUACAAAAUUGGCCGCCCUGAUCCAUUCCUUGCCAAGAUGGAGGACUACAUUAAGAAAAUGGAAGACAUGGAAGAAUCCGAGGAGGAGAAGUUGGGCCUGGUGGAUCCAAGGGAUGUAAAAAAGGGGAGUAGGAAGUAUUAUAGAUACAUGGGCUCCCUGACCACUCCUCCUUGCACUGAAGGAGUCGUGUGGACCAUCAUUAGAAAGGUGCGAACGGUUGCGAAGCAGCAAGUGAACCUGUUGAGAGAAGCCGUCCAUGAUCAUGCGGAGAAGAAUGCAAGGCCUCUACAGCUGAUUAACGAUAGGAGUCUUGGCUUGUAUCGACCUCGAAAGAUUCGAUCUUGAUUCAACAUAUGUGACUUGAAAGUUAGCGCAUUGUAGAGGAUAUAGCACACCGUACUUUGGCUUGAUCUGUUGGUUUGGUGUGGCAAUAGAGUCCAUUGUUUGAUGUUGCAGUAGAGUCCGUUUCAUUCUGCUGCUUUCGUUACUUACAGAUAAUAUUACACAAAUAAGGUUUCUGAAUAUCUGUUACAGUUUCUUUCUGAUAUAGUUCCAAGCUGCUUGCGUUCAUACA